AUGGCACAAGAGUUAGUAAAAGGACAUGAUAAAACCACCCUUUCAUCUAGAUGUGCUAUAAAAAUUGAUCUAAAGAAAGCCUUUGACGUUAUGAAUUGGGCAUUCUUGAUAUUAGUUCUAAAGAUAUUGGGGUUUUCUGAAAAGUAUAUUGGUUGGAUAAAAAGUUGCCUUAUUACACCAAAGUACUUGUUGUUUAUUAAUGGUGGCUUAGUUAGGUAUUUUGAGGGAGCGAGAGAGUCAUGCAAAGAGACCAAUGUCUCUUACUUGUUUGUCAUUAUAAUGAAUUUGCUAUCUAGACUUCUGGAUUUUACUGCCACUCAUGGUGUUUUCUCCUAUCACUUAAAGUGUAAAAAGGCUAGAUUGACACAUUUAAGCUCAUUGUUAAAGCGAAUAAUACCUCACAGGUUAGGUAUAGGUCUCCACAAAUGGUAUCAGAGCGGUCACCAAUCGAUAAAAACUAAGUGCUAUAUUGUGAGAGUCAUUAAGUGCUACAUAGUGAGGUCGUGA